CACACAAAGGCCGGUGUGUCGGUGGGGCUGGGCUGUCGGUGGGGCCGGCGAUGGGGCUGGAGGCCGUGCGGGGCUGGGCACUGGCCGUGCUGGCCCUGCUGGCCCCGGGCGACCGCAGCCGGCCCUACGCCGUGCUGCAGAAACAGAACCCGGUGCUGCUGGGCAGCAUCCUCAGCGCCCUGCUGCUCGCCAUCAUCCUCAUGGCCAUCUGCGUCUACAAGCCGGUCCGGCGGCGGUAGCGGAGCGGGGCCGGCCCGGGAAAACGCUGCCGGGGCCGCCCGGGUCUCCCGCCGCCUCUCCUGCCAGCGACAAGGGAUGCCCUGAUGCCGCGUGUGCUGCCCUUGGCCGCGCAGCAUCAUCGGGCCUUCACCCGCGCAGCAUCGUUGUCCCUGGGCCCACGCAGCCUCGCGUGGCUCCGUCGUGACGCCCGGUGCUGGAUCGCACCCCAGCCCCCGCCAACGGGCGGGGGAACACGAUGUGCUCCAGAGCACCCCCGGCUGCCGGGGGCGUCCCGGGGGGCUGCGGGGGGCGCUACCGGCCACGGGUCGGUGCCAGGAACCGUCCGGGCUGGCACCAGAGCCUGGCCAGACCAACAGCGCUGACCACAGGCCCGUGCAUUGGGUUACACCACAGCUUGUUUGACUUUCUGGUUCAUUCCGUCCCUUGCUUGAACGCUAAGUCCUGGGGGUUUGCAGCGCAGCCUUCCAAACCGGUCCCAAAGCAGCCCGGCCGCUGCCUCCGAGCGGGAGCAGCCCCUGCUGUGACCCCGCAGCGACAGGCUCCUCCUGCCCGGCCUGAUUUGCUCUAACUCCCCGCUGAAGACCCGCGGCAGCCGCGCUGAGCCCGGUACCGAGUGGGCAAAGGGUUCCAGCCCGUGCGGAACACUCGCCUCCUCCCGGGUGCGUUUGUGCUCCUGAGCAGGUCACUGGCCCGGAAAGUGGAGCUUCCGGAGGGCUGGAAGGCAGGCAGAUGCUCCAGACUGCCGGGCUCUGCCUUGGAGCUCUGGCCAGACCUGUUCUAGGCAUUUUUCAGUAAUAAAUUCAAGCGUUUACACUGAAAUCCCACUUGCAUAUCAAUGCUGCUACUGUGUGUUGCACUGCUGAGAUAGUAACUGGAUUUUGCUUAUCAAGUAUUACUUCGGUAUUUAACACAGAAGUGGUUGGGCUAAUAAUUUAUUUAGUGUUUUAAAACUUAACUUCCAGAAUAAUUUUGUUGGCCUCUUCCCUGAAGCCUUGUGCUGCACCCAAUAUGUCUUCUGUUCAGUCAGUUUUGGGGGGCACUGAGCACCCGGUGCACUUGGGGAGCUGCUUUGCUGCUGCUGUUAGUAAAGCUAGAAUAGAGGCUGCCCUGGAGCAGAUCUAGUUACUCAUCUAAGACAAACACAAGUGAGGAAGCAAGGUAACACUGGGCUGCUGCUUUCUGAUUGUUUUGUUGGUUGUUUUUUUUAUCACCAAAGCCUGUGCCACUGAUUUUUCUCAGUCCUUCAUCUGGUGUAGAACUUGGCCUGUAGCUGGGUGCUGUUGGGGGGGUGGAUGGCAGAGCUUGCAGCUACAACUCUGAGUUCCUGGGAGCAGCAUUCUUGUUUGUGUUCAUUCUUCACUCCCUGCUCUGUUUCUUUGUACAAAUAAAGAGGCUAAGUAAACAA